AUGGCGACAAUGCGGAAACACAACGUCACCACCUUCCCUCGUCCUCCACUUGUGGAGAGAACCAACCGUCACAUCCAGAUCAAGUGGCACGGCCAACUAUUAGCCGACUGUCCGCCCGGCGAGGGUUACUGGGUGCUCGAAGCCCAUCACGCUCCAGUGUACUUCAUCCCUCCCAGCAGAGUGCGGCUGCCCCUUUCGACGACGCCCCGGUCGACCUUCUCCGAAUUCCAUGGCGCCGCCACGUACUACGCCAUCAUGAGCCCCAUCUCCGCUGCCGAGAUCAUUCAGAACCGGAUCUGGUCUUAUAACGAGCCGCCCAAGGAGUACGAGGCCAUCAAAGGCUACCUCGCCUUCUAUGUUGGACCAUGGGAGUGCUAUGUCGACAAUGAGAGGGCUCACCCGCCGCCGGGUGACUACUACGGAGGCUGGGUUACGAGCGAUAUCGAGGGUCUCGUGAAGCCGGCCCACCAUCAAUGGGGUACGCCCACCGCAUGGGACGCUGUCUUUUGA